AUGAGUGAUUAUGCCUCUUCUUUAGGAUUCAUCUAAUAUUGGGGAUUGUCUAAGUAAUUGAAUCUUGUUACAUCUUAAAUGAGUGGAACAAUCAACAUAUUAUUAAGUGGUAUUAGUGAUCUUCGUCAUAUUCUUGAAACUUGUUUAUGUAAUUAUAAUAGAAAUGAUUUACAAGUAAUGAAUCAAACCAUAUUAAAUAGCUUAAUUUCUAUAUUCAUGAAAAAUAGAAGGAAACUGUAUGUAGAUCAUUAUUGCUAUUAUUGAUUAUGCAUACUAAAAAUUUCACUUAUAGAGAAAGAAGUGAUAUGUUUUUAGAAGUUUUUGGAAAUACUUUCUUAAGAGAAUCUUCAAGCAAUUACAUAGAUAAAGUAAUACCUUUUUUAGAUGAUUUGAUUGCUAAAGAAACAAAAUUUACAUCUGCACUAAAUUAAAUGAUUGAUUUGCGAGAAUUGAAAUUUAAAGAUAGAGAUGAAAUGACUGAAGUAAUUAGAUCUUGGUAUUCCUAUCAUGAAUUUAAAAUUGAGAAAUUAAGAGAUUAAAGACUUAGACAUCAUUAUGGUAUAAGAUUUGAUCAUCGUCUUAAUAUGAUUGAUUGGGAUUAUUAAAUGAACCUUAAAGAUUUCGCACCUAUCAUUCAUUUUAUUCAUUAUAGAGAAUGGAGAUAGUCUGGUAUUGCUUUUGAAUCUAGAUAUGCAAGUUAUCCAACACCUAAUAGAACUUUAGCUAGUUAUUUACCUGGAAAACAUAAAUAAACUAAAGAUAAUUUAUUAGUUAGAGGAUAUUGGGGAGAUAUUAUUGUAUCACCUUAUAUCUCAUUUGGAAUCUAUACAAGUAUUCAACCUGAAAAUGAAUAAUUAUUCAAAGUUAGAAAUACCUAAUAAGUAUCACAUGCUGUUACUGUUUCACAAUUUAAUAUCUAACAUAUUAUCUAAAAAUUUGAUAAUGCAACUGAUUAUCAUAUACAUGUUGAUGAAUAUUUAGAGAGAUAAGAUAAUAAAUAAAAAUAAGAAUAAAAAUAAAAAUAAGAAGGUUUAGAAAAAAUAGAUGAAAAUGACGAAGAAAAUGAAUAAUAAGAUUAAUAACAAUCAAAAGAAUUAGAAUCUUAAUAAUAGCAAUCAAAAGAAUUAGAAUCUUAAUAAUAAUAAUAAAAACAAGAAGAUAAAUUAGAGGAAAAUAAUAUAUCUGAAAUUAAUACUACUACAACCACUACUGAUACAUCUAUUAAAUAAGUUAUUACUAAAGAUAAUAUGAUUGUAGAAAUUUAACAAGAACCUUUAUAAAGUAUUAAUUAUAUUAAAUUAUAGCUUUUUAAAAAUUGAAAGUAAAAAUAAUACCAAUCUUUGAAGAGUUUGAUAAAUUAUUUGAAAAAAAGAAAUAUCAAAAUUUGUUUGAUGUCGGAGUAUUAGGGUUUAUGGAUUCUAUUAAAGUAAGAGAGCCAAAGUUAAAAGAAUUAUUUAAGAAAUAAUGUAAUGAAUUUAUUUAUGUUUUUCAAUAGCAUUAUUAUUUGUUGAAUCCACUUAAUUUAUAGUACCGUUUUCAAAAGAGGAAAGAACAAAAGGAAAUGAAAAUGUGUAGAAGAUAAGUGUUAGUGAUGGAGGAUGGAGUUUGUAAAAUAUAAAUUUGGAAUAUAUUACUUUAAUUAAAAAAUGAAGAAUUAAUAUAUUUUGUUUAUAGCAUUAUCAAUUGCUUUAGCUUAAACAGAUAAUUCUAAUAAAAGUGGGAAUUCAGGGUCACAUAGUGAAUAAGAAGAAGAAGGUUGAUUAAGAUAUAAAAAUAGGACCUAGUAAAAGUUUAGUAUAUGGAGUAGUGGUGAUUUUGUUAUGUGGUUUAGGUUAUUUUAUAUAUAACUUUUAUGUUUGUCAUAAAAAAAAGAUUGAUUAUGGUUUAGAUGGAGAUGAAGAAAAUCAUUAUGAGAUUGAGAUUUAAAAGAGAAAGGAUAAUUUAUGAUUUUAUUACAU